AUGCAGUUCAAGCUUCUCUCUCUUUCUGCUUUGGUUGGUGCCGCAGCCGCCGCCACCUCUUCAUUAAAUGCCACCAUCACAUCCACAACUUCUGUUGCCGUUGCCUCAGGCUGCUCUUUCAAGAGCACCUACACUGCCACCGCACAAUCCGACUUGGAUGCUUUGUCGACAUGUGAUGCCAUCAAAGGUGAUGUUUACAUCACCGGUGGUAUCGGUGCCGGUUCGAUUGCCAACGUUAAGGCCAUCUAUGGUGACUUGAUCAUCUCGAAUGCCACAAAGCUCAGCACGUUCUCUGCAGACUCGAUCACUGCCAUCAGCGGUGAGUUGAACAUGGAGAGUUUGACUAUUUUGUCACAGUUCUCGAUGGGUUCUUUGAUCUCCGUCGGUGCCAUCAACUGGGUUACUUUGCCAGCUUUGAUCCAGACCGGUUUCAAGGUGGUCACGGACUGCAACUCGAUCUACAUCUCGGACACCCAGUUGAGCUCGUUGGACGGCUUGAACCCAGUCAACGUCGAAACUUACAACAUCAACAACAACUUGAACCUGGCCUCGAUCGAUUCCGACGUCCAGACCGUCUCCAAGGCCUUGUCCAUCUCCCAUAACGGUGACCAGACCGAGGUUAAGUUCGACGACUUGAAGUGGGCCAACAACUUGACCUUCUACUCUGUUACUUCGAUCUCUCUGGCUAGCUUGCAGGCCAUUAACGAGUCUGCCGGCUUCUUCGAGUCCUCCGUCUCUGCCUUGAAGUUCCCACUUGUUGCCACUGUUGGCGGUGACUUGACCAUCGAGAACAACGACGACUUGGAGAAGAUCGACUUCUCGAACUUGACUACCAUCGGAGGUGGAUUCGUCAUCGAGAACAACACCGAAUUGAAGACUAUCAACAACCUCGGCGACCUCAAGACCAUUACCGGUGCCGUUGUCCUCAAGGGUGACUUUGACAAGUGCUCUCUUCCAAGUUUGAAGACUGUCAGAGGUGCUUUCACCGUUGACACCACCGGAGACUUCAGCUGCUCCGACUUCGACAAGUUGUCCAAGGAGGGUUACAUCAGAGGUGACUACAGCUGCAAGGCUUCUUCAUCUUCAUCCUCUGUCAGCGGAACCAAGACCUCAUCUUCUUCCGAGACUGGUUCUGCUUCUUCUGACAGCAGCUCAGCAUCUUCAGGCUCAUCAUCCUCGUCCUCGUCUUCUUCAAGUAAGGCAGGUGCAGCCGAGAUCCUCGUCAGCCCAGUUUCCGUCUUUGGAACUGCCGCCGCUCUUCUCAUUGCCUUGUUCUAA